AUGGAGUUGCACUACCUUCCAUUGCUUUUUUCUCUCAGUGUGAUACUGAUGACAGCUCAGGCUGCUUUACCUCCAGAAGUUUACUGGGAAAGGAUGCUUCCAAACACGCCAAUCCCCAAAGCAAUUACUGAUAUUCCCAAGCUUGAUGUUAAAGACAUAGUUGCGGUCAAUACUAUCUAUAAUUAUGGUGUUAAGAAAUCAGAAGAUCAGUUUCCUAGCAUCUAUUAUUCUGGUACUAAGAAAAUUGAAUCAGAAGACCAACUUCCUAGUCUUUACAUAUACAAUGCUAAGAAAACUGAAUCAAAAUAUCAGCUCCUUAGUGUCUACAAUUAUGGUGCUAAGAAAAUUGAAUCAGAAGACCAACUUCCAAGUCAGUACACAUAUGGUGCUAAGAAAACUGAAUCAGAAGACCAACUUCCAAGUCAGUACACAUAUGGUGCUAAGAAAACUGAAUCAGAAGACCAACUUCCUAGUCAGUACACAUAUGGUGCUAAGAAAACUGAAUCAGAAUACCAACUUCCUAGUCAGUACACAUAUGGUGCUAAGAAAAUUGAAUCAGAAGACCAACUUCCUAGUCAGUACACAUAUGGUGCAAAGAAAACUGAAUCAGAAGAUCAACUUCCUAGUCAGUACACAUAUGGUGCUAAGAAAACUGAAUCAGAAGAUCAACUUCCUAGUCAGUACACAUAUGGUGCUAAGAAAACUGAAUCAGAAGACCAACUUCCAAGUCAGUACACAUAUGGUGCCAAGAAAACUGAAUCAGAAGACCAACUUCCUAGUCAGUACACAUAUGGUGCUAAGAAAACUGAAUCAGAAGACCAACUUCCUACUCAGUACACAUAUGGUACUAAGAAAACUGAAUCAAAAGACCAAAUUCCUAGUCUCUACUCAUAUGGUACUAAGAAAACUGAAUCAAAAGACCAAAUUCCUAGUCUCUACACAUACGAUAUUAAGAUAAUUGAAUCGGAAGAUCAGUUUAGUCCUUUUAGUGAUGCAAAAAGAAGUCUUUCGCAAGAAAUACAAAUGACCCCCACUGCUAAUUAUCACCGACAUGAAAUUGCAAACUCAAUUAUAGUUUUCUCUCCUGAAAAACUCAAGGGCGGAGCAAAAUUAGAUGCGCAAUUGAAUAAAAGAAGAUAUGAAAUCCCAUUGUUGUCUCGCCAAAUUGCGCAAAGUAUACCAAUCUCAGCAGCAAAGAUAAAUGAAACAUUUAAGAUGCUUUCUAUUAAACCGAGGUCAGAGGAGGCCAAGAUUGUAAAGGAAGUCAUUAAUGCAUGUGAAAUUCCUGGAAUAACCGGAGAAGAGAGACAUUGUGUAACUUCAUUAGAAUCUAUGGUAGAUUUGAUGACUUCUAAAUUCGGGAAGAAUGCGUAUGUUAUUUCUACGGAGGUAGAAAGGGAAAAUAAGUACCAAAAGUUCAUAGUAAAGGAUGGAGUGAGGACUUUAGCAGAAGACAAGAUCAUUUCUUGUCAUCCUUUGAGGUACCCAUAUGUUGUGUUUCUGUGUCAUCAGAUGCCGAAUGUCACUGCCUAUUUGAUGCCUUUAGUGGGAGAAGAUGGGACCAGAGUUAAAGGUGUAGCUCUAUGCCAUAAAGACACAUCAGAAUGGGAUCCAAACCACGUAUUUCUACAAGCACUUAACAUCAAGCCUGGAGAUACAGCAUGUCAUAUCUUCCCUGAGGGUCACCUUGUUUGGUUUGCCAAAUAG